CGCGCCUCUGUCCCUCUCCCCGAGCCAGUACACGCGCACCACUUCCCCCCACGCUCCGAUCUAGCAAUCCCGACCCCGCCGACUCGCCGGAACCCUAGCCCGCCGCCGCCGCCAUGCCGCCGCGCCGCGGUAGGGGGAAGGGGAGGGGGAGGGGCAAGCCGAGGGCGAAGGCCGCGGAGCCCGAGCCCGUAGAGGAAGCCGUCGAGUCCGAGGUCGAGGCGGGGGUCGCGAAGAUGGAGGAGGAGAGGGCAGCAGCCGAGAGCGAGGACUCGAAAGAGGAAAAGUCUGGGAGCGACGCCGAGUCCAUGGAUGCGGAGGCUAAGGAGGAAGCCGGGGAGAACGGAGCGGAGGAGAUGGACGCCGAACCUGAAGCGAAAGCCGGCGAGGCCAAGGCUGAAGCGCCAGCCGCGGAGACGGGGGCGAAAGCUGACGCCUCGGAUGCCUCGGAUGAUGAAGGCGAUGAUACUGGCUCCGAGCACGAAGCAGAUGCCAAAGGUGCUGCUCCGAAGGCGAAAGCGGAGGAGUCUGACGGCUCGGAUGAAGAGGAAGGCGCCGAGACCGAUGGAGUGAGUGGAGAGGAAGCCGCUGAGACGGGCGGCGAGAAUGAAGACGUGGGGGACGACUCCGAAACCGAAGGUGAUGCUGCAGAGGAGUCCCCUCCUCCAGCAUCUCCUCCUUCACGCGGUCGCCGCCGAAAGCGAGCGGCCACUCCGGACCCAGCUCCGGACGAUGAUGAAGCGGAGGAGGAGACCUCCGCGCCUUCGCGCCGCCGCCGCCGGCGGAAGUCGGGGGAGCGUGGUGACUCACCGCCGCCACUGCCGGACCACCUCCGGUGCCGCCGAAGCGAUGGGAAGAAGUGGCGCUGCAUGGGCCGUGCUCUCCCAACAGUCAGCUUCUGUGAGUACCACUACGCAAAGGCCAACAAGAGCAAGAAGCUGCCAGCGGAUGGGGAGAUCCUUGCUGUUGCUCUCGAGAGGCAGAAGAACAAGAGGAAGGGCAGGAAGAGCAUUAAUCCACCGGCGUCCCCUCAGGCAACUACAAGUGACCGUCAGACCAGGGAUCUCCCAAAUGGACUGAUGACGAUCUCUCCAGGUAGCAGUGGACCUGCAGCACUGUCGUCGCCUGUGACAACGAAGGUUGGUGUAGAAAUUCCUGCACCGAUUCGGCGGUGCUAUCGUUCCAAGAAUGCUGAGCCAUUGCCUGUUGGUCCUGUGAAGGUUGUUCCUCGUGCAAUGAGUAUGACAAAGUCAGUACCGAGAACAUGUCACCGCUGCGGGUUGACAAAGGCAGCGCGUGUUGCCAAUUGCAAGAACUGUGACAAGAACUUCUGCAACAGCUGCAUUAAUAAAUGGUAUUCUGGGAUAUCCAGGAAGGAUAUAAAGACCCGCUGUCCAGUUUGCCGUGGUCUCUGCAACUGUAACAAAUGUGCCCUUGGUAAAACCAAGGGUGCUAUGCGUAAGGAAUCACCAGGUGGGGAAGGGAAGAUACUCAGUAUAAAAAUUUCCAACCAUCAGUUUUACAAGCUCUUACCUGUAAAACUUGACCAGGAACAGCUUGAUGAAUUGGAAUUAGAAGCUAAAAUACAAGGAACAAAAAUAUCUGAUGUCCGAGUUCAGGUUGCUGAAAAUGGCCAGAGUGAGUCACUAUACUGCAAUAACUGUAAGCUACCAGCGAGCCAAUUCCUGAGAUGCUGCCCAACAUGCCCAUUUAAGCUGUGCCUAAGCUGCUGUCACAAGAUACGUGAAGGAAACAUGUCGGACAGCACCCCUGAAGAUAAAUUCAAGAACAGGUUGCUUCAACAAGAGUCUGUCCAUGAGGAUGGCAGCAUUACUUGCCCUUCAAUUGAGCUUGGUGGCUGUGGUGACGCACUGCUGAACUUGAUAUAUGCAUCCCCUUCUGGGCAGUCUGAAGAGCUAAGUUCAGAAGAUGAACUAGAUGCUCCAGGCAAUCAUUCUGGAGUGAAGGAUGCUCAGGUUCAUAGCUCACCUGUACCAGAGAGUAAUGGAAGAUUAUCUGCUGCCCAGACGGAAACAGUGUCCACAUAAUCUCCCAAGAUGUAGCUCUCGUUGCAUGUAUGCAUUCAUCUUUCAGGUUAGAGCACAGCCUGAAGAGGUGUAUGAUAUGGUCAGAAUCUGGUAGAGGGUAGGUUGCCUGAUUUAGCGAGAUUAUCGGCCUAUAAGGCCAUUGAUUUUAGCUGUGACAUGGGGAUUCUUAAUUCUUGUGUUCAUGUUCGUCUUUGAUCCGGAAAUCAUUAUGUUAAACAUCGUUGUACAUAUGGUUAUGACUUUAUUUUGCCAUUGCCGAGAGAUGACGGAAUGGUUGUUUGUACCGCCCUUAACUAUGGGGAUAUUUUGUUGCUCGCUAUUUGUCAUGUGAGGGUGGCUUCAUGUUUGUUC